GACGUCAUAGGAAGUCCCGCCCCUUUUCCAAUGACGCCAACGGCGCCGUGUUGUGGGUCUUCUGGUAGCAAAACCUCACAUUACUGCACAUUACAGUUCGUUAUUUAAUUCAAGUGAUCGUGAUCUUAAGAAGGGCUGUACAUUGCGGAAUAUCAUGUCAGACACGGAGACCAAGCCCUCAAGUGAUGGAGGCGAGAAGAAAGAUGGAGAAUAUAUCAAACUGAAAGUAAUCGGUCAGGACAACAGUGAAAUCCACUUCAAAGUGAAGAUGACGACACAUUUAAAGAAGCUGAAGGAAUCCUACAGUCAGAGACAGGGUGUACCCAUGAACUCUCUAAGGUUUCUUUUUGAGGGACAGAGAAUUGCAGACAACCAAACCCCCAAAGAGCUGGGAAUGGAAGAUGAGGAUGUGAUCGAGGUGUAUCAGGAACAGACCGGUGGCUGUCGGAAUGAUUAGACUCUUUAUUUUUAUCUUAAUUUUGUAUGUAUGACAUGUAUUUCAUCUGUUUCCUUUUGCUGUCACGUCAAAGGGAAGCAGAAAAAACCAUCUGGAUCAAAUAGAUAAUGUGUCAGGGCUGCUGUGUUUGAAGGAGUUGGGUGGAACUACUAUAGAAAGUUUUUUUCUAGCCAUGUCCCACGUUCACUCUCUGCUAACUCAUCCCUGCCUUCAUACGUUUUUUUUUUUUAUUAUAUAUAUAUAUAUAUAUAUAUAUAUAUAUAUAAAGAUUCAAGUUCUGCAAUCACGUCAUGUAACAUGUUUUGUAAUGCCCUGAGCUGAUUCAGAACGUUCUGUUAAUCUGUACAGUUCUGCUAAAAACAGAUUAUGCUGUUAAAUUCAAUCAACAAAUCAAGACGAAUUUUGGAUGCAACCUUUGGUGUUCUUGUAAUGUUAUUGCAUUUAUAAGUAAUGAAGGAAUUGUUCAUUUAGUUGGCCAUCAUUACGUGUUCUGUCAAUCCUUAGCUUUCAUUAGAUACUUCUUUUUACACAUUUAUUUGUUUUUGGCUCAUUUUAUGCUAGUGAACACACCUGCUAUAAUGUAAUAGAAACCCUUUGAGUAUUUUACAUUCUGGGAUGCUUAUUUAUAUGCAGUUGUUGUCUGAUAUUUCAAACGUGUAAAAUGUUUCUUUGUUCUUCUUGCAUGUGUGCAAUAACUGUGUACAGUUGUACAUUAUAUAGGCACACUAUGAAUCACAGCAGGAAGGUCAUUGUAUUGUGUUUUUGCAUGGUUUUGUCUAAAGUAUUACAAUUCAUACCCCUGUCUGAAUCUGUGUUGUCACCUUCUCUUCUACCUGGUCUUGGAUAUUUGGAUCCCUUUAGCCUCAAUAAUUGAUUUCAAUACCUGGAACUAAUGGGUAGCUAUGUUGUUUGAUUAGUACUCAGGGGCCUCAUUUACAUACACAGAAUAAAUACUGCUACGGUGUCGCUACUCAUGUUCCUUUUCUUACACUUUUAUAUUUUUUCAUUUUCUGCGAGAGGGGAGGGAAAUUUGGUCCAGAUGGUUUUCUGGAUAUAGAAGAAUUAUGACUUUGCUUUUGUCUUGUUUUUUAAAUAAAAUGUGUCAUAAAACA